AUGGCUACUAUGGAUGUUCCGACGAGCAAGAGUGGAUUUUCCCUUGUUUUACAGAAUCCCUAUCUAUGCGGCGUUGCAUCGUUCUCAACGCUGGGCGGUCUGUUAUUUGGCUAUGACCAAGGCGUCAUAAGCGGUGUCAUUACAAUGGAGUCCUUCGGGGCUCGGUAUCCGCGUGUUUUCGCCGACAGCGGGUUCAAGGGCUGGUUUGUGUCAACGCUAUUGUUGGCUGCCUGGCUUGGAUCCUUGAUCAAUGGACCUAUUGCCGAUCGAAUUGGGCGGAAGAGGUCGAUUAAUGUCGCCGUGGUGGUUUUCACUAUUGGCUCUGCUAUCCAAUGCGCGGCGAUGAAUAUCCCGAUGUUGUUUGCUGGUCGGGCUAUUGCUGGUUUGGCGGUUGGACAGCUGACAAUGGUUGUGCCUUUGUACAUCUCUGAGGUUUCGAUCCCGGAUAUUCGUGGUGGACUUGUGGUUCUACAGCAAUUAUCUGUCACUCUUGGUAUCCUUUUCAGUUAUUGGAUCGAUUAUGGAACGAACUAUAUUGGUGGAACCCGCUGCGCUCCCGAUAUCCCAUACUCAGGUGGCACUGUUGCUAAGCCUACCUUCGAUCCGUACCACGACGUUCCUAUUGGCGGCUGCAAUGGACAAUCAGAAGCAUCGUGGCGAUUUCCUCUCGCUCUUCAGAUUCUUCCAGCGCUUAUUCUAGGCGUCGGAAUGCUUUUCUUCCCGGACUCGCCACGCUGGCUUUUAAUGAAGGAACGAGACGAUGAAUCACUAACAGCUCUGUCAAAGCUACGCCGACAGCCUCGUGACAGCCCUAUGCUGGUCAACGAAUACCUCGAGAUCAAGGCCUCUAUCAUGCUGGAGAAUACUUUCGCUAGAGAGAACUUCCCCAACCUAUCAGGAUACAAGUUACACAUGGCCCAGUACAUGUCGUUUGUGACAACGUGGGCCCGCUUUAAACGGCUGGCUAUUGGGUGCAUCGUGAUGUUCUUCCAGCAGUUCAUGGGUUGCAAUGCCAUGAUCUACUAUGCACCUACGAUAUUCGCCCAGUUAGGGUUGGAUGGCAACACCACUUCCCUGCUUGCCACUGGUGUCUAUGGCAUAGUCAACUGCCUGAGUACCCUUCCGGCGCUCUUUUUCAUCGACAAAGUUGGUCGGCGGCCGCUGCUCAUGGCCGGUGCUACGGGAACCUGCAUCUCGUUGGCCAUUGUUGGUGGAAUCUUGGGUGGAUAUGGAUCUGGUCUGGUGGAUAAUAAGUCGGCAGGGUGGGCUGGCAUUGCAUUCAUUUACAUCUACGACAUCAAUUUCUCUUAUUCGUUUGCCCCUAUUGGUUGGGUUCUUCCUUCUGAGAUCUUCAAUCUAUCUAUCAGGUCCAAGGCAAUUUCCAUUACGACCUCCGCUACAUGGAUGUGCAAUUUCAUUAUUGGCCUUGUCACGCCGGACAUGCUCGAGUCCAUCACUUGGGGCACCUACAUCUUCUUCGCUGCAUUCUGUCUCCUCGCCCUGGGGUUCACUUUCUUCUGUAUUCCUGAAACCCGAGGAAAGACACUCGAAGAUAUGGACCUCAUCUUCGGCGAUACAGCCGCACACGAAGAAAAGAAACGCAUCAAGCACAUCGAAGCUGAACUGCGCGGCACUCCUAUCGAAGAAGAUGAUGGAUUUAUGAAGCCUGCUGAUCAACACGCGGAACAUGUCGAGACUUGA